AUGGAGGAGCUUCUGACUCAAAUCGAAGCCGCACUUUCCUCUAUUUCCGAUCCAGAUGACCGUGGUCGGGAUACUGCCAAGCAAAAGUUAGGUGAUUUUCGACAUAAGCAAAAUGUAAUGGAUUUCGUCCCAAUCAUCUUACGUAGUAAAUACAGUAUACAACUACGAAGGAUAGCAUGCCAAAUUUUAGAACAACAUAUCAAGGAUAUGUGGUUAUUUUCAGAAGAAGCAAAUAAGCUCGAAGAAAUACAGAUACUAAUCCAAUACAUCGAAAGCAAUAUAAAUGAUACAGAAAUUUUUAACGAUUUACAGUCUAUUCUUGCGGAAAUAACUUUAUUUGAUGAAUUUAAAACGUACAAAAAUUUUUAUACAGACAUAUUCUCUCACUCAGUACCAUACUACAGAGCACUAUCUACAUUUGCGACUAAUUUAAUCGAAUAUAAAUCCGAGAUAGCGGCAUUUUUACAAAUUCGCGACGAUCUCAUCCGCAAUAUACCACAACUCAUUCAAAAAGUGAUUGAGGGAUUCCCAGCCUUACCGGCUGUCAAAGCAUUUAACAGCAUCGUCAGUUUUUCUUCAUGGGAUAUUCUAAAACAGGCAAAUUUCAAUAAAAUCAUUGACAACGUAUGCCCAGCAGCAUUUGUUCCAAUUAUCAACACACUUUUACUACAAGAUAUCGAUAAACAGACUCUUAAACAAGGAUUUAACGCAAUUUCAACAAUUGCAUCUAGCGUUGAAGAGAAUAUUUUAGAAAUAACACCACUACUUACCAGAUACUUCAAAUUCUUCGAAGAACCAGACACAAUUAGUUCAUUACAUCAUAUCCACGAAGCUCUACUGAAAUUCGAAUACAUUGAGUUAUCAGAUUACUGGGAAUUCUUCGCUCUUCACGUUUCCCAUGACAAAUCUCGAAAACAACUACAUGCUCAGACAAUUUCAAAAUUAUUAGAAAUUAUUUCAUACAGUAUCGUUGUUCCGCCAUGCUACGAUGACUCAGAAACAGACUCUGAUGACCAACAGUUCGCGCAGCAGUCCGCAAUCAUAUGUUCUUUGUAUAGAUUAGACAGAGAACCCGCAUUUUCAUUUGUUUUCAAAAUUUUCAAUGAGCUACUACAAGAUUUCAAUGUAGACACGUUCAAUUCAAAUAUUUGGCUGAUCUACAGUAUGAAAAAAUCGAAUUUUUCGAAAGUUUUGCUUGAUUUGACAAAAUUUUUCAACCAAGCCAUAAAAGAACAGCCCAAAAACUCUUGCCUGAUGAAGGGCUUCCUGUUUACAGCACGAGAAGUCCUUUCUUCCCUUAAACUCAAUGAAAAAUUAUUAAAUUAUAUUUUUGGCAACUCGCUGCAGCUGAUAAAACUGUCAUCAAUGCAAUACGAAUGUGUCACUCUGCUCGACGAAUUCGCUAAAAAUGGCAAAUUAUGCCAGAAUACAAUGGCAGCGAUAUCUAACUCGUAUUUGAGGCCCAAAUCGAUAAAAUACCUGUGCCACGCUGCCGGAUUAACUGAUCCACAGCAAUCGAUCGGCAUUUUGAACCAGACUUUCGCUGACAUUUUGUCAAAAGGUACUUUUCCUGAAGAAUCUGUUGAUAAACUUUCAAUUUAUAUAUCGGGACUUGCAGGAUUGGUACAGGCAAACAGUUCAGCCCCUUGUUCUUAUAUCGUUGACCAUUCUUCUGUCUUAAAUCAGUGGUUUGUUGAAUUAUGUUCAAGAUUUAAAGCCACUGAAGACCAAAACCUCCUUGAUAUUAUAUCUAACUAUGCCAUAAUUGCUUCUUAUUACGGCGGAUCCUUGAUAACUCUACUUCUUGAGAAUUUUAUGAAUAUAUCUCCAAAAUAUGCCACUCCUGAUAUGUUUAACGCAUUCCAAUCCCUUGUAAGAAAGGAAACAGACAAUUCUUUGCUGGAAAAUCUGAAGCAAAACGUAAUUAUUUCAACAGAAGUGAUGUUUUACAAUAAAAUACCACUGGAAAAGGAAGUAAUGGAUUCAGUUUGCCAGCUAUUGGUAUUUAUUGCCCAGAACAGAUUCGAUUUCUUGUAUCAAGACGAUAUUUUAUUUUUAAUUUAUGCUUUGAUAGGUUCUGGAUAUCCAGCAGUAGUUUCUACGACAUUGGCAGCAAUAUUUGAGGCAGCAUCAAAGAUAUUAAACGAUGUUUCCUUCCAAAGUUUUUCAGAUAACUUCUGGGGAAUUUUAUACAACAUGCUGAAGGUUUUAAUCAGCGAUGCAUCGUUUAUAGAUAUUAUAGAGAUGAGCUACGCCCUGGAAAGAAUAUCCACAGUCGCAAGACCAACUGUUGACGGGACAUUACAGAUUGCACAGCACUUAGUCCACGAUUUUCCAUCUUGUAACCAUAUAAUAAAGCCACAGCUGAUAAAGGACCUCAUUUCUGGCGACAGAAAAAUCAUAUUAAGUUUGUUAUUGUACGUUGUGAGUGUUGCAAGGGAUAUUCAACUAGAUACUCUAAGUAAUAUUAUUGAAAGAAGAAAGUUUAGAUUAAAAUAUGUUUGA